UCCUAGCUUCCUCUUCACUAUGCUGCUAUACUCUUGAUAUAUUUCAUCGUUUGUAUGUUUAUAUGUUUUAUUUGUUUACUUUUAUGAUGGCCAUAUCAAACUGAUGAUGCCCAAUUGAGGAGGGUGAACAUUUUUUAUUGAUGUCUGCUAUCUGUUUGAUCAAAGUAUCCUGAGAACCAAAUUCCCUAGUUGUGUUGUAUCAGGACUUCACGUUAAUCUUUACAGGUGAUUGGGUUGAAGGAAAUAUGCUUAAGCAAGUGCACAACAAGCUAUUUGCUCGUGGAAGUGAUAAAAUUUUGCCUGCCUUGUAUAUGUUAAGAAAAGGUCUACAUUGUGGACAGCCUCGUUUAGCACCCAGGAGCUUUUUUGGAGUAGAGGAUUUCCUUGAUGAUAACAAUAGUCGACCGUACACAUACCAGAAGGAGAAAAAGUCCAAGAAUCCAAACAAACAUGUAUCAUUCAAACAGCGCACUGUAGCUUAUAUGGAGCCUUUUACAUUAGAUGUGUUCAUUUCAAAGCGUUUUGUCUCAGCCUCCAUAACUCACAGAGUAACAAGCAAGCAAGUUGCUGUUGCCGGUACAAACUCCAAAGACAUUAAAGCUGCACUCAAAUCGCGAUCAGAUAUUCCGGCAUGUUUGUCUGUAGGUAAGAUUUUAUCGGAGAGGGCUAGGGAAGCGGAUGUCUACACAGCUUCUUACACUCCAAGAGAUAGGGACAAGUUUGAAGGGAAAAUCAGAGCAGUUGUGCAAUCCUUGAUUGAUAAUGGAAUUGAUAUUAAAGUCUACCUGGAUUAGCUCAUUUUUCAUUUUUUGCUGGCAUUUUUAAGAACUCUUGCUAGGUUUAGUAUCCCUUGGACAAUCUUUUGUAGUUAUAUUGUUGUGUGAAACAUCAUAAUCAAUGGUUGUGCUGUUUAUUCCCUUA